ACUUACACUUACGAUAUCUCCUUUGCGUAUAUUUUGCUGUUGUAAGGUAUUUUGCAGUAAAAUAAAUGUGCUUAUAUACUGCGGCGUUUCUAGCGAACCAGUUACCAAAGUGACGCGAAAAAAGCACGUGUACACUUGCGUGAUGCAUCAUUUUUUUGUGAUUAUUUGAGUUGGAUGAAAGUAGGUUGAUAUAUUGCUUGUUGGUUGCAGUGGUAUUUCACUACAAAAAGGGCCUGCUGAGCCAUGGCUGAGUUUGUGCAGAAGCGGCUGGAGGAGCUGCUGCCGGAGCUCGAGCAGCUGGAGCGCGUGCAGCUCUUCACCAAACCGGAGGUGCGCGCAGUCAUCAAGAAGCGAAAGGAGUUCGAGUACCGGCUGCAGCGCAAGCGGAAGUCGCUGGACGACUACACACGCUACAUUGAGUACGAGAAGAACGUCCUGCAGCUGAUCUGGAAGCGCCGAGAGCGGCUCGGCUACAAGCACAAGCAGGCAGACAUCGACCACAAGAUCGUGACCCGCAUCUGCCAGCUGUACCGAAUCGCCACCAUCCGGUUUAGCGACAACGUGCAGCUCUUCCUGUCGCACGUGGACUUUUGUCGGCAGAUGAAGCAGCUGGCGCAGGGCAGCCGCGUGUUCCAGCGCCUGCUGCGCACGCACGCGCACCGCGCGGACGUCUGGGAGGCGGCGGCCCGGUACGAGAUGGAGGACAACAACAGUCCGGAGACGGCGCGCCGGCUGUACCUGCGCGCGCUGCGCCUGCACCCCGAGUCGGCGGCCCUGUGGACGGCCCACUUCCGCAUGGAGCUGCAGUACGUGGACGUGCUGCGUCAGCGGCAGAGCCUGCUGGGAGUGUCGGAGAAGGGCGCGGCCGGGGAGGGAGAGGACGGAGAGGGGGCGGACAGUGACGGGCAGGACAGUGGCGGCGAGGACGGCGGGAGCGGAGAGGAGGAGGAGGAGGACAGCGACGAGCCCAAGAGGAAGAGGCGGAGACGGAGCCGGCCGGGCUCUGACCCGGUGCUCCAGGGCGCCGUGGCGAUGGUCGUCGCCCGACAGGCCAUCGCGCGUCUGCAGGAGGCGGACCCCAAGGCGGACCCGUGCCGGCUGCUGGCCGCCCUGCUGGCCCAGUGCCGGCCGUUCGAGUUCGCCGCCGGCCUCGAGGCCCAGCUGCGCGCCGAGCUGCGCGACUGUUUCCCCGAGCACGCCCUGACGUACGACACGCUGGCGCGCGAGGCGCUGAGCGGCGGCCGGGCGCCGGGCCGCCUGCGCGCCCGCCUGGAGGCGUGCUGCGCCGUGUACGAGGAGGGCCUGUCGGCCGCGCCGGCCGCUGACCUGUACCCACUGUACGUGAGCUCGCUGGUGGAGGCGGCGCGCGCGGCCGCCCGCCACCGGCACCUGGUGCUGCCGCGCCUGGAGGCGGUGCUGGAGCGCGCGCUGGAGGCCGGCGCCGCCACCGAGGGGGCGCUGCUGCAGGCGGCCGCUCUGUACGCCGAGCUGGGGCUGACGGAGCGGGCGGCGGCCGCGCUGCGGGCUGGCACAGAGCGGUUCGGCGCCUCCGUGCCGCUCUGGGACCAGCUGAUACAGGUGCUGGCGGCCGCCGGGGACGGUGACGGCGUGUGCGCGGCGUUCGAGGCGGCCGCCGUGGCCGUGCCGGACUCGGCCGCCGGCUGCGGCGCGCUCUGGCUGCGCGUGCUGCAGUGGGCGGCCGCGCACCGCACCACCUACGUGGAGCGGGUGUUUGGCGCGGCGGCGGUGCGCUCGGCGGCCGUGCUGCGCCCUCUGAAGGCCGCCUACCUGCGCUGGCUGGCCGAGCAGCACGGCCUGGAGGCGGCGCGCCGCAUGUUCUCCGAGCACCAGCUGCGGCCGCCCGUGGACGCCGACCUGUUCGCCGCCAUGGCCGAGCUGGAGGAGCGCCAGCGGCCCGUGGACGUGGCCCGGCUCCGGGACGUGUACCGCACCGCGUGCCGACACGUGGGCGACGACCGGCUGGACCUGUGGAUGGCCUACGUGCGGUUCGAGCGGGAGCGCGGCUCGCCAGAGCUGGCCGCCGGCGUGUACAGACAGGCAGUGGCCUCUCUGCGGCCCGAGCAGGCCGACCAGUUCGUGGCGCAGCACGCCAAAAUGGUGGCCAAUGUUGUGGAAGGGGACGACUGACUUUAUUAGGGCGGGGGGGGGGGGUACAGUGGAUCAAUACAUUAUUUGGUGCAUCAA